AUGCUCCUCAACCAGCUGACCACAGUUCUGAGCCUGCUCAGUGGAGCCUGCCUACCCACAGGCUUGGGGAGGCCUGGACCCCAGGGUUCCCCACCCCAGCCCUGGGCUGCCACAAAUCAGACCCGAUCCCUGGACCAAGGGGCCCAGGCCUCCCCAGUGCCAUCUUCUGCUCUCAGCAGCUGGAAGGCCUUCUUGGACCUGCAGAAAACCAGGCGUGUGGGGAAAGGUGGGCUGCAGCAUGAGCAGAAAGGGGCUACCACCAUGUCUCUCCCACUGGACCCGCAGGAAGUAGCCCAGGAGGGGUGUAAGGCUGUGCCCUUCACUCAGGUGCUCUCCCAGCCGGGAUGCAUGGCUAUGCGCCUCCGUAAUCACCUCUGCUUUGGCCACUGCUCCUCGCUCUUCGUCCCUGGUGUGGACCCUGCCCCGUUCGUCCUCUGCAACAGCUGUGUGCCCGCUCGAAGGCACUGGAUGCCCGUGUUCCUGUGGUGUCGGGUGGGCAGCCCAGCCUCUCGCUGGCGGGUGAAGACACACACAGUGCUGGUCGAGAGGUGUCAGUGCAGCCCGAAGGCAUGAGCUGAGCAUCACGGACUGACACACAGACGCACGCACCUCGGAGAGAUGUGGGAGUCAGACGCCGACCUGGGUUAUGGACACUGGGUCAAAGAGACCAGGGAUGCAGGGAAAGCCAGAUGGGCCUCCCGAGUCCUCACCCUGCUCCCAUGAACACCAGACAGCCGCAGCCAUGGCGGUGGCCCCCCACAGUCCCAGCACACGCUACUGAGCACUCCCUGGUGGCCAGGCCCAGCUCUAAGCAUAUGCCAGGUACUUACUUGAGUCCUCCUCAGAGCUGCCCAAUAGCAUAGGGGUAUCACCCUAUUUUACAGGGAAGGAAACUGAGGCCCCAAGAGGCAAAGACACUUGCUCAGGGUCACACAACAGUACGUGGCAGAGCCAGCGUUUGAACCCCAGGCAGCGUGGGGCCGGCUUUCAACCACCCGGCUGGGCCUCCUCUCACAGAGUCAGUCACAGACACACUCCCAAAUGCGGGAAGAAUGGAUGACCCCAGCCAGGAGACACCGUGACGACCCUGUCCUAGGGACCCCAAGAAACCAAGGCAGGAAAGCAGAGGUAGCUACGAGGGGAAACCUGGGUUCCCCAAGUCAGAGGCAGAACCCACAAGCUCCAGCUGCCCCUCCCAAUCUCCACCAGCCCCACGCCCAGUGUGGCAUUCCACAGGACCAUAAAGGU